UUUCUUCAAUAAGUUGUAUGUCAUUACAAUACAAAACGUGGCAGUCGUUGGUACAUGUAUUCAAAGCGACCUCGUUCUAAUUUUUCACGAUUGUUAAUUGUAAUGGAAAUAUCGAUCCAAUUUUGUUCUUUUACAAAUAAAUCACGUCAGUUGUACGACAAAAAAAAUGGAGUCAUAAAAGUUUAUACAGUACACUUAUAUUACAAUGAUGGGUGUUUUUCAAAGGAUUAAAGAUUCACUUUCUACUAAAAACAAAUGGACUAUAUUGACAUUAGCUUGGGGCAUAGGUGUCAUAUGCUUACACUUGCAGUACGUACAUUUAUCAGGUACAGAUUUCACCAAAGACUUUAAAGACCUUGAGCACCAAAAAGAUUUCACCAAAGAUUUUAAAGACGUUGAGCUCCAAAAGCCGGUUCUCAAAUCACAAGGCUAUGACGUACUUUUAAACAGUUACAUGAGAGCCGGAAGUUCUUUAACUGGUAUGGUUUUCGGAUAUAGAUCAGAUUCGUUUUAUGUAUACGAACCCUUGUGGAAAAUCUCACAGUGGACUUAUUUGCAUGGUAAUAGCGCGGUAUGUAAAGCUGAUCGUCUAGAAUGCAGACAUGUGGAGCCAGGGACAGAAUAUCAAGACAAGGCAUCUGCUGACAAAAAGCGACCUCCUGGUUCUCUGGUGAUAGCUAAAAAUAUCUUACACAAUACAUACGAUUGUCAGUUCCAGGACUAUGAACGCAUGGUUUUUGAACCUUUAGUUACAGCCAAAUUUGGAGGUCCAAGCUGGAAUACAAUGAGAGAGUGUCUGAAACACAAGAGUAAAUAUAAGACAUGUUUUCAACGACAUAUGCCAAAAAAGUGUAAAGAUUCUACACAUAAAGUCACAAAAGUAUUACGACUUACAACAGACCUAUUGGCGCCUGUUCUGCAGUCACGUGACAAUCUCAAGGCCAUUCAUCUCUUCAGAGAUCCACGUGCCAUUAUUAAUUCUAGAAUUGAGACCGAUUGGUACCCUGCAGGCACGGAAAAGUUGGUUAUAGAAAACGCUGAAUCAUUGUGCAAUAAAAUGCUUUACGAUUUUCGCGAAGGUCAAAAAGUGCAAAAAUUAUUCCCAGAUAGAUUCAGAUUUAUUUAUUACGAAGAUUUUAGCGUUGAUGUUUUAAACAAGUCUAAAAUAUUAUAUAACUAUUUAGGUAUGACUGAAAAUGAUAAAUAUUAUCCGGAAAUCAUUAAAUAUCCGGCUGCUAAGAACGCAGCAUCUGUUGAGACGGAGCGAAAGAAAAAUACAGCAUAUUGGUGGAGAAAAACUUUUAAAUGGGAACUUGUUGAGAAAAUGGAGGAAAUAUGCAAGGAUGUUUAUAAAGAACUUGGCUAUAAAUCCUUUUCAAAUAUACAGGAAUAUAGCGACUUGUCAAUACCCAGUGUAGUCAUACCAAAAGAGUAUUUGAUCGUUUGAUGCUAGAGUUUUAUUUUAGAAAUA